AUGUCUGGAACUUCGAAUAACGCCGAUCCGCUGCCAAAAGUGGUUGUCUCGCCGGUUGUUGAUGAGAAAAGAAAGAAGAGUGUGGGAAAGAAAAUGAAGGAAAUCGCAAAAUCGCUGGUAAAGAAUGAGAAGGGUAUCACUGUUUUGAUGAGCUAUCGCAAGAAAAUCUAUUCGGAAGAACAAAAGGAGGAUGAACUUUUCGAAUACUUCUCAACUACUAUUUCCGAAAGCUUGGGAAAGUUCUUUUCCGUCGUCAAGAAAGACGUCAACGAGGCCAUCAAAACUAUCCGGUCCGCGGGUGAACGUAUUGAGAACCUUCUCGAAAUGCUUGGGAACAUCCCUCAAAAUGCUUCGAAACAAAUGAACAUGUUCAAGAAGGUUGCCGACGAAAUGAAAGUUCUUGCCCAGUUGUUGGAAAAAGAAAUGGAAGAGGCUGAUCAUUUCAUCUGGAAAGACUUCAACAAUGAUGACGGCGAUGAUGACGACGACGAGGACAGCCACAACAGCGAACCGAACCCAAAGAAGUUCAAAGCAAACGACGGUCCAUCAGAGUGGUGGCAAUCAGCCGAGGAGCUCAAGAAAGUUGGCAACCGACCACACGAAGAUGAAGACGAAGGAGAGGAUGAAGAAGAUCAAGGAAUCGAGGAAAUCGAAGAGGAAGAGGACAAAGGAGAUGAACAGUCAAAAAAUAUUGAGGGACAGCCAAAACAAAAAGGGGAACAUCAGCAGCUCCAGGUUAUCGGAAAUGGAAAGGGAAUUGAGCAGCUAGAAGAGAAUCAAAUCACACAAAAUCAGCCAAAGGUUAAGGAAAACGGGAAGGGCAUUGAGCAGCUUGAAGAGUACGAAGUGGUACCACAUCCACAGGAAAAGAUUGAAGUGAUUGAGCCAGAAGAACAUGAAGAAUUGGAGCCAGCUGAGACAGAGCAGGGAGGUAACGAUCAAAUGCUGGUAGAUCAACCCCAAUCUUCAAACGAUGGACAGGAGUUUGGAUACGAUGACCAACCAUGGUCAGUUUGUUUUGUUACUGAAUUGAAAAUUAAAUAUCGUACUCGAUCUCAUAGAAGCUCUUACUAUACACAAACUGGAAACAAAGUUCCCUUCGUGCCAAUUCGCGAGCUUGACUUGGACCCAGUCCCGGUAAACGAAGAUUCAAGAAUUAUGCUCGGAGAAGAAGGAACUAAGCAGCAAGCAAAAGAUGGGGACUCUGAAGGCGGCUCGAUCGAGGAAGAGAAUAUUCCAGAGAUUCAGGACGUCGAAAACUUGAAUGGAAACGAAAUUUCCGCACUGCAAGCUCCUUCAGAGAUUCCAAAGACCAAUGAGGAUAAGGAGCAGGAUCAGGAACAGAAGAAAGACCGAAGUCCCAGUCAGCAGGCUAUUCAAAAUGGUACAAACGAAGAAUCAGCCGUGGAUGAUCUCCCGAAUGCCGAGGGAGUUGUUCAUCAAGAUGAGCAGCUGGAAGAGCCGGACGCGAUAGAGGAGCACAACGCUGACCAGUCUGUCGUCGCACGUCCAACUGGGAAUCUCAACAAAAAAGCGACCGGAAAAAGCGGAAAAAGGAAACGAGGAGGAAACAAAUUCGUAACAAGUAGGAAAUCAAAGAAAACUGAAGUGGAUGCCAGCCAACCUCCUCGCUUCCGCCUUCCGAAGCCGAGUGAAGAAGAGAAAAGAAGAGAUGCGCUGGAGGAAGAAGAAAUUGAGAGGACAUGUCCUCCAGAGACACCUCUGGAGGAUAAAUUCACUUCAUACCGAAUUCAUGGGCCAAACUUCAACAAGUUCCUCGAGGACAACCACGAUAGGCUGUACACUCAAAGUGUGGAGGGUCACGUCGAGAUGUGCGCGAAUGGUUCAGAGUUCUUCCUCAAAAAGAAUCUUUUCCAAGGGACACGCGCCUACAAGAUCAUGUCCAUUGAUGGGUGGAACUUCAAUAUUCCCGACGAUGAUUUGGAAACAGUGGGAAAAAAAUUCAACCAAAAAGAGAUGCGGUAUUUCAUAAAUGGAAAAGAGGAACCGGUUACAGCAACGUUGAGAAAUAUGUUCGAUCAAAUGAAAAGAAGGAAAGAGAAGCAAAGUUAUGACCGUUUGAAUCUGGUUUCUCACGAAGUCAGCUUUGACAAAAUGUUAGAUAACUAUAUUAGAUUGCAAUUCAACCUGAAUUCAUUACAGGAGAUCGUUCGAUCAACCGGAAUUUGUGAAAAAGAAAGUGUCUUGUACCAAGUGAAGGAGAAAAUCUCAAAAAAUUUGGACGGAUGGAGAAAGGAAAAAAGGAGGAAGAUCACUCAGCAGCAGAAGCAAGAUGCUAAUGAAAAAAUCAACGCGUGGAAGAACCGGAAAGACCAAAUGGCUGCCGUCGAGCAAUUCAUAAUCAUGUCGGUCGGGGGAGCCUUCAUGAGUCUCCACUGCGACAUGGGAGGCACAUGGGUGUACUACCAUGUGAAGCAAGGCCGCAAGGUCUUCUUCAUCGCCCUGGGUACACCGGAGAAUUUGGAGAUCUACACGGAUUGGAUGGCUGCGAGACGACCACAGUCCUGGAUCCUGAAGGAGUUGAAGAGCGAGCUGCGAAGAGUGGAAGUGCGAGCAGGAGAGUCGGUCGUUCUUCCAGCCGGCUGCCUUCAUUUGGUAUACACGCCGGAAGACUCUUUGGUUUAUGCCGGAAACUACCUGACGACGGAUUUGCAAAGCAUGGAGAUUUCCUUCAAGAUGCGAAACUUUGAAGGCUACUGCUUAAGAAGACGGAUCAUCGGAUUGGGGAGCAUGAUGGCCCAUUACUGGGAUUCGUGGUUCUUCUACGGCGAGAAUCUGGUGACAAAAGAGAGAAAUGAUGAGAACGCGAGAAUUGCCGCCGUCAUUGUCAAGAAUCUGAAGGAUCGAGUCCGAACAGUCGAGGGAGAUUUCUACACUGGACAGGAAAAAGGGGAGAUCUUGAAUUCCAUGAUUCAAGCAUUCGAUUUGAAUGAAAAUCUCUUGGCAAUUGAGGAAAUCACCACCGCUCCAGAACCUCAAAAGCCAGUGAAUGAAGAAUUCGACGAGAAUGACGUGUAUCACACAGAUGGCAGUGAAUUUGAGGAUGAUGAAGAAGACGAGCCGGUUGGUCCUGAUGUGCCAGACGAUACUGCUGCUGGCGAGAUCGAAGACGAAAUGGACGACUGA